CAUGGCAUCGCGUCUGCAGGCGUUCCUCGAGGCCAUGUCGGGCUCGGGCAGCGGCUCGGGGUCGGCCACCAUCGAGGCCGACGAGGGGACAGGUGGCGAUGGCGGAGCUGGGUCAUCGGGAGGAGGCCGUGGGCGGGGAGAGGAAGAGCCACAGCUAACGGAGCUUGUCUUUACCUUUGAUACCACAGGAUCAAUGUACGAGUCGUUGGUGGCGGUCAAGGCCGAGCUGCGCAAGGCUGUGGCCAAGAUGAUUGCCGAGCUGCCUCACCUGCGCAUCGGCGUGGUGGCGCACGGCGACUACUGCGACGGAAGGGCCACGUACGUCACCAAGAUCUGCCCUUUCACCUCGGACGUCGGCGUGCUGGAGACGUUCAUCGGCGGCGUGGCAAGAACCGGAGGUGGCGAUCCGCCCGAGUGCUACGAGUAUGCUCUGCAGCUGGCUCGGACAGCGUUCCAGUGGACGCCCGGCUCGUCGCGCGCCGUCGUAGUCAUCGGCGAUCAUGUCCCACACCCGCCGUCGUACACAAACCUCGGCAUUUGCUGGCGCUCCGAGAUGGCCGCGCUGCAAGAUCAUGGCGUGACGCUGUACGCCACUGCGCCGUUCUACGAGACCCUCGCCGAGGCCACGGGAGGCUUCCUCCUCCACGUCGACGAGAUGGCGUGGAUGCCGCUGAUGUUUGUCGGCCUCUGCUACCGGCAGACCUCGCUGGAGGCCUUUGAGGACUACCGCAUGCAGCUGAUCUGGAACAAGGUCAUGGACCACAACACCCCGCUCAACACCCUCUUCAUGGAGAUGGCGACGCCAACCGUCAUCAAGGCCCACCCCGAGUACAAUGGCCAUCUCCGCGAGCCAUGGUGGGAUGCCGCCUAUGACCUCGCCUCGUCGCCGGCCUACAUCUACGACGACGAGACCGAGAGCUGGAACCCAGCGCCCGGUUCGGCCGAUGAUCUCUUUGCCCCCGUCCGCCCGCGUCCGCGCCGCCGCCGCCGCCGCAACGCCGACUCAUCCGAUCCGGAGCCCGAGAGCUCAAACUCUGCCACGGGACCAUCGCCUCCCAAGCGGCAGAAACGAAACUCGUCUUGCCGCUAGCCGCUCCCCAGCCCGCCCGAUGUGCCGGAGGCCAAUUAGGCCGUAGCAUUGUGCCGAUAAGUAAAGCCACUCGCCCA